AUGCCUGCUAGCACUCGCGAUUCACAGCCGCGGGUCAAGGCGCUUCGCUUUUAUGACCGCGGUGAUCUGCGUCUGGAAGAAGUUGAAGCACUUCCUUGCGGCUCAGAUGACGUCCGACUUCAGAUCAAGUACUGCGGGAUCUGCGGUACUGAUGUGACCGAGUACACCAAUGGUCCCAUCUUCCCUCCCAGCAAGGGGCACAAGAACGCCUUGACCGGAGUCUCGCUGCCUGUCGUGAUGGGACAUGAGUUUGCAGGAACCAUCACUGAGGUCGGUUCGAGCGUCACAGAAUUAACCACCGGCCAGAGAGUGGCGGUAAAUCCUGCUUGCGACCAUCGCCAUUACGCUUCUGAACAUUGCGAUCCCUGUCGAAACGGUCACUACAACAUCUGCGAUGCUACAGCGACCUACGGGUUGAGCGCGCCAGGUGGUGGCUUUUCUCAGGAGAUCGUCGUCAAAGCGAUCAAUUGCUUCGUCUUGCCUGAGAACGUGGAUCUGAAGUCAGCUGCGCUGGUUGAGCCUCUUGCGGUGGCUCAUCAUUGCAUCAAGCUUGCAGACUUCAAGGCUGGACAGACUGCACUAAUCUGCGGGGCUGGUCCUAUCGGCCUCGCGAUCUUAUUGAUCCUUCGCGUCCUAGGCGCGUCCAAGGUCAUUGUGACUGAAGUACUUGAGACACGAAUGUCGCAAGCUCGGAAGUUUGGAGCAGACUGCGUGCUCAGCCCAUUGCAGUCUUCUGACAUCGACACGAGCGACGAGAAAAGUACGCUCGAUGCCAUCCGUGACUUUACCCAAGGUGGUGUCGAUGUGGCAUUCGAUGCCACCGGACUGCAAUCAACGCUUGACCUUGCAAUCGCUGCUUCAAAGCCUCGUGGUACCAUCUUCAAUGUCGCCAUCCACAAGAAGCCACUAUCUUUGAAUCUCAAUCUUCUUGCCAUCAAGGAAAAGCGACUGUUGGCCGGCAUUUGCUAUCUAGCAGAGGAUUUCGAAGCAGUCAUCCAGAUGAUGGCGGAUGGAAGUCUCCAAGCAGAUGCCAUGAUAACGUCCAUCGUUCCGUUGUCGGACAUCAUCGAAGGAGGAUUUGAGCAAUUGAUACAUAACCGGGAUGCGCAUGUGAAGAUAUUGAUACGGCCCGAUUGA